CCCUUCCUCUUGUUUCUCGUUCUGCACUAUCAUUAUCAUCGUCCUGGUAGUCUGAUCCAACCCUUGGUGUAGUAUUCUCUUCCCUUCUGAGGUGUCCCUUGUCGUUGUAUCCAAGACACGAGUUGAGCACGACAUCGGUUCCUUCCCCUUCCUUCCCUAUUCCCUCUUUCUCUCUUUUCUUCUGUCUCGGUCGAACGACGAAGCGACUCCAUUCGUGCUCCCGUCGCGACGCACGGCUGCACUCGGUUUUGCCUCCUCUUCCAGGCUUCUCAACGCGCACUCGCUUCUGACACGUCGAACAGACGAGAGAGUGCUGCAGACCCUGAAGGAUCGACCUGACUUUACUUAUCCAACGUGUAUCAAACGAAGGAAGAAGAAGAAGAAUAAGAGAAAGACAGAGAGAGAGAGAGAGAGAGUAAGCUAGCAAGCAAGCAAGUAAGAAGGAGAUAGACAAACGAUCAGCUGUUUUACUGGAACUACUUCUUUUCUACUUGCUGUCACAAAGUUAGGAAAGAAAAAUCUUUUAACAAUGAGGGAGAUUGUACAUCUGCAGGCUGGACAAUGCGGCAACCAGAUCGGUGCUAAGUUUUGGGAAGUGAUCUCCGAAGAGCAUGGUAUCGACCAAUCCGGUAUUUAUCAUGGAGAUAGCGAUCUGCAGCUCGAGCGAAUCUCCGUUUAUUACAAUGAGGCUACCGUGGCCACAUCAACGAAUGGUGGAAAAUAUGUUCCCCGAGCUAUCCUUCUUGACUUGGAACCUGGUACAAUGGACGCAGUACGAUCCGGAGCGUUCGGGAAGUUGUUCAGACCGGAUAAUUUCGUCUUCGGGCAGUCUGGUGCCGGUAAUAACUGGGCAAAGGGUCAUUACACCGAGGGAGCUGAAUUGGUAGACUCGGUUCUCGACGUUGUGAGGAAAGAAUGCGAAAAUUGCGAUUGUCUCCAAGGCUUUCAGCUAACCCAUUCGCUUGGAGGAGGUACUGGGUCCGGUAUGGGAACUCUUCUGAUAUCUAAGAUUCGUGAAGAGUAUCCUGAUAGGAUUAUGAACACUUAUUCGGUGAUGCCAUCGCCAAAAGUCUCCGAUACUGUGGUAGAACCAUAUAAUGCGACUCUAUCUGUUCAUCAAUUGGUUGAGAAUACCGAUGAGACUUACUGCAUCGAUAACGAAGCUCUCUAUGACAUCUGUUUCCGUACAUUGAAAGUCUCCAAUCCUAGUUACGGCGAUCUAAAUCACCUGGUAUCACUUACCAUGUCUGGUGUAACAACCUGCUUAAGGUUUCCUGGUCAAUUGAAUGCUGAUCUGAGAAAAUUGGCUGUCAACAUGGUACCCUUCCCGCGACUUCAUUUCUUCAUGCCUGGUUUCGCACCUCUAACGUCUAGAUCAAUGCAACAAUAUUCUGCUCUUUCGGUACCCGAGCUUACACAGCAAAUGUUUGAUGCUAAAAACAUGAUGGCUGCUUGUGAUCCCAGACAUGGAAGAUAUCUGACCGUUGCUGCUGUCUUCCGUGGUAGAAUGUCCAUGAAGGAAGUCGACGAACAGAUGCUUAGCGUACAGAACAAGAACAGCUCGUACUUCGUUGAAUGGAUUCCGAAUAAUGUGAAGACGGCUGUCUGUGACAUACCACCUAAAGGUUUGAAGAUGUCAUCGACCUUCAUUGGAAAUACCACGGCUAUUCAAGAAUUAUUCAAGAGAAUUUCUGAACAGUUUACUGCCAUGUUCAGGAGAAAAGCAUUCUUGCAUUGGUAUACGGGAGAAGGUAUGGACGAGAUGGAAUUUACCGAAGCCGAAUCGAACAUGAACGAUUUAGUUUCCGAAUAUCAACAAUAUCAAGAAGCUACGGCGGAAGAAGAUUUUGAAGCCGAAGAAGAAUGCGCUGACGAUUUUGAGCCAUGCGAAGAGGAAUAAAAUGCGAGUGUUCCGAUCUUUUUCCGAUCAUCUUUUUAUCUUCAAUCCUCCCCUUCUAUUUUUCCUCCUUUCUUUUUCACACUCCUAUUUUUUCGAAUGAAAAUGUAAAAAUGUCUAACGGAUUGAUUACCUUUCGAUACUUUUAAAUGUCAAUCGCGAUACUUUUUUUGAUAUUUUUAUACGAUUACGUACGUUUCAAAUACAAACGAUCGAAAUAAUCCUUUCAAAAACGUACGUUUUAUUCACGGUAAUCUCGGAGUGGUCGAAUAUAAUAAUGUUUAGAACCAAUGCUAUAUAUACUUAAGAUUUUACAUAUAUAUAUAUAUAUAUAUUUUGUGUAUUCGAAUCUAUCGAUCGAUCGAACACAACACUAAU